GCCUCACGAAAGCUUUAGCGCCCUAGUCCCACCUGUCAGCUGCGGUAGCAAGCAAACUGACAACACCCGCAUCUCCUGGACGCCGUCCCCAACCUCUCCGUCACGCGCCGCCGCCGCCCGUCACUGUGCUCGCGAUCCCGCCGGCGGCUCCAGAGGACUUGUCGCGUGCUCGGCCAUGGCAUCGCCACCGCCGGCCCUCGAGAUCCUAGUUCGCGAGCCCGACGGCUGCACGGUGUGGUCUGGCCCGCCAUACCCGCCGGGCACCACCACUCCGCCGCAGAGACUCCCAAAGACGGCGUGCAGCGCCACCUCUUUCUCCACCGACGGUGCCCGCCUCCUGGCGACUGUGGCAUCGGCCUCGGCCACCGUCUACGACUGCCGCACACUCGCCGUUGUCAAGUGCUUCGAGCUCCCGGGUCUCCUCGCCGCCGCGCUGUCGCCCACGGGGGCGUAUCUGCAGACCUUCCAGAAGUCAUCCUCGCCGCAGGAGAAGAAUGUCACGGUCUGGCACGUCGACUCAGCUGCUGCUCUCUACCAGCACUACCAGAAGAGCAUGUCUAAGGCCACCUGGCCAAUGGUUCAGUUUUCUGCGGAUGAAUCGGUCGCUUGCCGGAUGAUGCCUAAUGAGAUACAAUUCUUUGAUCCAAAAGAUUUUGCAAAAGGAAUUUUGUAUAGGAUAAGAAUGCCUGGCAUAGCUACGAUGCAGCUAGCAACUGCACCAGGAUCUCAUGUUGCUGGAUUCGUCCCAGAGGCUAAGGGUGUUCCAGCUAGCGUUCAGAUAUUUUCUUGCAACAAGGACACACAAAAUCAAGUUGUUGCUCGCAGGAGCUUUUUUCGUUGUUCCACUGUUCAAUUACACUGGAACAAAGGGUCCACUGGGCUUCUAGUUCUUGUUCAAGCUGACGUGGAUAAAACCAACCAGAGUUACUAUGGUGAAACCAAGUUGAACUACUUGACAACUGACAGGGCCUUUGAAGGAAUUGUUCCACUUAAAAAGGAUGGGCCAGUCCAUGAUGUGCAGUGGUCUUCCUCUGGCUCUGAAUUUGCUGUGGUUUAUGGAUUUAUGCCGGCCAAGGCAACAAUAUUCAACAAGAAAUGCAACCCUCUUGUUGAGCUUGGUGAAGGACCUUACAAUACAAUAAGAUGGAAUCCCAAAGGACGAUUUGUUGUAUUAGCAGGAUUUGGUAAUUUGCCUGGUGAUAUGGCAUUCUGGGAUUAUUCAGAAAAGAAAUUGGUAGCGAAAACAAAGGCAGAAUGUUCUGUCACAAGUGAAUGGUCCCCUGAUGGUCGUCAUUUUAUGACUGCUACAACAGCUCCGAGGCUCCAAAUAGACAAUUGUAUAAAAAUAUUUGACCACAACGGAUCUCUGCAGUUUAAGAAGAUGUUUGAAAGGCUGUAUCAGGCUGAUUGGAAACCUGAAGUACCUGAAAGAUUCAGUGACAUUGCUGACCUGACAACAUCCUUGAGUACCUUAAAGAUUGAAGAAACAAAAAAACAAGUUUCAGCACAAGGUUCCAAGUCAGCACAAACAGCAAGCAAGGCCCCUGCAAAUACAGCGCCAAAACCUACAGCAUACCGCCCACCUCAUGCUAAGGGUUCUGCAGAACUUCAGGACAAGCUCUUUGGUGGACUAGCUCCUGCAGGGGGGGAGAUGAGCAAAAAUGCAUUGCGAAACAAGAAGCGCAGAGAGAAACAGAAGGAAAAGAAAGCUGCAGAAGCGUCAGGCUCCCCUGCUGAUGAAAGUUGAUCUGUACUGGAUUUGUUUCAGCAUUUCCAUCCACCGAGUAUAACAGACAGUGACAAAUUAUUUCUUUCAAUCUGGUGAAACGGCCAUGCACCGAUUCACGUUUACACUGUAUGAAACUCUUCAUAGUUUGGUGCAGACAGUCGUUCUUUUUUUCAGUGUUAUACUGAGUUUGUAUAACAAUAUCGAAGAAACAGAAAAGUGAGGCUAUUUCAUAUUUUCAUAUA